ACUUAUUGAACUUAAAUUUCUUCUUCUUCUUCUUCCCUGGAAUCGGUUUCCGUGGGUUAUUAUGUACUCCGUACACUCAUUCGACGUUGUCACUCUCUUAGUCAGACAAGCUUAUCGCUCAGAUUCGCUCUUGGACGGCGUCACUCUCCAGGCGGGGGAUCCACUCGAAGCUCUCUCCGUCGUAUGAUUCUAUAUUGGAAAAGUGUCUUCAUCAAGGUCCCCCUGACAUACGUGGGACUAUAUCUCUGUUGUUUCUGCACCCCCGGGUAGUCUGGAUGCGGUUGAUGGUAAUAGACUACACACCUUUCGACUGUCUUAUCUUUAGCAUCCCCAAUCGCAUCGAGUUUUGUUGAAUCCGCGGGUGGUGGAUUGAUUUGUCUUUGCGCCUCUACAGACAGAAUGGCACUCUCAUGGGCUGUGGGUGCCAUGAGUACAACGACAAUGGAGUCGGUACCGUUAACGUCUCGUGAAGCUGCGUCUGGGAUCCUUGGCUCGGUGUCCCUGACGUGCUGGAUUUUCUUGCUGGUUCCCCAGCUCAUUGAGAACUACCGCAAUGGAAACGCAGAAGCCAUAUCACUGCUGUUUCUCGCCGUGUGGUUUAUCGGCGAUAUCACCAACCUCAUCGGAGGCCUCUGGGCUGGGCUUGUCCCCGUUAUCGUGGCCAUUGCCGUCUACUUCUGCAUUGCCGACGGAGUACUCAUCACCCAAUGCCUCUACUACAAAGCCCGCAACGAGCGCCGGGCAGCCCGCCAUCACCGACGCCAUUCCUCCGCCGAGGUGCCCGACCCUCUUACUCCGCUCCUCGGCCGGCGGUUUAGCGAUAACCUGGGCUUGCCGGGCUCGCGGCGUCGGUCGUCUGCGUCGUUGCCGGGCGGGUACUCCCGCCGCAGUAGCGAGGCCGAGAUUGCGCUGGCCAAAAUCGUGGAGGAGAAUGAAUCCGGCUGGAGUGCCUGGCUGAAGAAUACCGCCAGCGUGCUGGCGAUCCUUGUCAUUGGAACGGCCGGGUGGGCUGUCGCGUGGCAGUCGGGCGUCUGGUCUCCUACCCCGCAAGACCAUAACGGCGGCGUCGAUAUGGCUACAGGCGCACAGAUUCUGGGGUACGCAAGUGCGGUUUGCUACUUGGGCGCUCGACUCCCCCAAAUAUAUAAAAACUACUGUGACAAGUCCUGCGAAGGAUUGUCUCUUCUGUUUUUCAUUCUCUCCCUGCUUGGCAACCUCACCUACGGUGCAGGGAUUCUCUGCCACUCCACGGAACAGGGCUACGUUAUGACCAAUCUUCCCUGGCUGAUUGGAUCACUGGGAACAAUGGUCGAAGACAUCACUAUCUUCGUACAGUUCCGUCUGUACGCUGCCCAAAGCCCCCAACUGACGGGCGCAGUUGUAUGAUGCGAUCCCUGAAGGAGUAUUCCAUCUACAUAUCGCCGGAACUAGCACAUUCUUUUCUUUCUUUCUUUCUUUUUUUUCGAUCAUCUAUUUUGUUUGGUGGAUAUACUUGACUUUGUUUGAAGUAUAUAUAGCCUGCGUUUUCUUCUCGUCUGCAUAUAGCAAAAGUGAGCGUCGUUGGGACCCAAAAAAGUUAGGGACAAGGAGGACGGACAUAGGGUUGGAAAAAGUCGUGGGUUUUUAUUUGCUGGCAAGGGAAUGGAUUUGGCGUUGGAAUUGUAUGAUUAUUUACUCCUGUAUCAUAGCCACUGUGUGUGUUUUUUUAUUCCAAUCACAUAUUCAGUCAGACAGAAUUGAUGGUAUACUCACUUUAUGCA